AUGGCUCCACCGUCCGAACCUCAUCGCCGCCGUCACGGCAACUACAACCACAACCACAUCUCCUCCUUCUUUCAAUCCACCGCUUCAAAUUUCCUCUCUCUCUUCAACCAACCCAACCCUCCACCGCUACCUCAACUACCCUCCGCACUCUCCCUCCCUCUCUUUUUCGCGCCACCGCUCUCCGCCGUGACGUUCGAAUCCACCGCCGAGUCAACUCGCCCUUCCGCAAAAUCGGUUAGAGUCUCGAGGCUCAAUUCCAAUGUCAAAGGUGGUGGCGGACCCGCUUUUGUUGGUCAGGUUUUCAGCAUGUGUGACCUCUCUGGAACUGGUCUUAUGGCUGUUUCUACUCACUUUGAUAUUCCUUUCAUCACUAAAAGAACCCCAGAGUGGCUGAAAAAAAUGUUUGCAGCAAUCACCAAGAGUGAGAGGAAUGGCCCUGUAUUUCGCUUUUUUAUUGAUCUAGGAGAUGCAGUUUCAUAUGUCAAAAAACUCAAUAUUCCAAGUGGCGUGGUGGGUGCCUGCCGUCUUGAUUUGGCAUAUGAGCAUUUCAAGGAAAAGCCUCACUUAUUCCAAUUUGUUCCAAAUGAGAAGCAGGUCAAGGCAGCUAAUAAACUUCUGAAGACCAUCCCACACAAUAUUGCUGGGACAAAGGUCGAUGGGGUGCCCGUGUUUAGUGCUCAGAAUUUGGAUAUUGCAAUAGCAACUACUGAUGGAAUUAAAUGGUACACUCCCUACUUCUUUGAUAAAAACAUGCUUGAUAACAUUCUUGAAGAAGCUGUUGAUCAACAUUUCCAUACAUUAAUCCAAACUCGGCACAUUCAGCGGCGGCGAGAUGUGGUUGAUGACAACUUGGCAGCAGAAGUGAUUGAGGAAAUUGGAGAUAGUUUAGGGGAGCCUCCAGAGGUAUGA